CAUUUGAAAAAAAAAAAGACUUGAAAUCUUUGAGAACAUUUAUGCAGGUCAUGGCUAAUCGAAUUCUUUCCUCUCUGCGGUAUGUCUCAGCUUCUAAACAUUGUUUAGGCCUAUAUUGUCGCUGGCAUAGAAGUAUAAGUGGAAUUGAUGCUUCUGCUGCCGCUGCUGAUGUGGAUCCUAUCAUACCAAUUAUGCAAAUUGAUCAUAGUCAGCUUCUGAUUGAUGGAAAAUUUGUUGAUGCAGCUUCUGGGAAAACUUUUCCAACCUUUGAUCCUAGGACAGGAGAUAUAAUUGCCAACGUUGCUGAAGGUGACAGUGAAGAUGUAAAUCGUGCUGUGCAUGCUGCUCGCAAGGCUUUUGAUGAGGGACCAUGGCCAAGGAUGUCAGCUUAUGAAAGAUCACGUGUAAUUUUUCGCUUUGCUGAUUUAUUGGAAAAACACAAAGAUGAAGUUGCAGCAAUUGAAACUUGGGAUAGUGGGAAGACUUAUGAACAGGCUGCAAACAUUGAGAUACCUAUGGUGGUACGUGUGUUUCGAUAUUAUGCGGGUUGGGCUGAUAAAAUUCAUGGUCUAACAGUUCCAGCUGAUGGACCACACCAUGUACAAACGUUGCAUGAACCUAUUGGUGUAGCAGGGCAAAUUGUUCCUUGGAAUUUCCCACUUCUUAUUUAUUCAUGGAAGGUUGCACCUGCAUUGGCAUGUGGUAAUACAGUUGUACUGAAAACUGCAGAGCAGACACCUCUUUCUGCCCUUUAUGUGUCAAAGCUAUUUCUUGAGGCAGGACUUCCUCCUGGUGUUCUAAAUAUUAUCUCUGGCUUUGGUCCUACUGCUGGUGCAGCUUUGUGUAGCCAUAUGGAUGUUGACAAGCUUGCUUUCACAGGAUCAAGUACAACCGGGAAGAUUGUACUAGGGUUGUCUGCACAAAGCAAUCUGAAGCCAGUAACUCUAGAGCUAGGUGGAAAAUCUCCUUUCAUUGUGUGCAAGGAUGCUGAUGUUGAUGCUGCUGUUGAGGCUGCACACACUGCUUUAUUCUUUAAUCAGGGACAAUGUUGUUGUGCUGGUUCUCGCACAUUUGUUCACGAAAGCAUAUAUGCUGAAUUUGUGGAAAAGGCAAAAGCUCGAGCCCUUAAACGUGUAGUUGGAGACCCUUUUAAAACUGGGGUUGAGCAAGGUCCUCAGAUUGAUUCUGUACAAUUCGAGAAGAUCCUGAAAUACAUAAGAUCAGGCAUUGAAAGUGGUGCUACACUAGAAUCUGGUGGUCAAAGAAUUGGCUCUAAAGGCUACUACAUCCAACCCACUGUUUUCUCAGAUGUUCAGGACAACAUGUUGAUAGCAAAAGAUGAGAUCUUUGGUCCGGUACAAUCUAUCUUGAAAUUCAAGGAUCUAGAGGAGGUUAUACGAAGGGCCAAUGCAACAUCCUAUGGCCUUGCUGCUGGAGUUUUUACUCAGAGUAUGGACACUGCUAACACCUUGAUGCGUGCAUUGAGAGUUGGAACAGUAUGGAUCAACUGCUAUGAUGUCUUUGAUGCAGCAAUACCUUUUGGUGGGUUUAAGAUGAGUGGACAAGGGAGAGUAAGGGGAAUCUACAGCCUUAGCAGCUACCUUCAAGUUAAAGCUGCUGUCACUUCUUUGAAGAAUCCAACAUGGCUGUAGUUUUCCAACACCUAAGUAUUGAUGUUCCCUAAGGCAUAGCUGAAUUGUACUUGACUAAGUUUGCAAAACA